AUGGAGAAUAAGGUGUGCGUGCACUAUGAAGCACUGACUGUUAUUUUUUACGACAUGACUGCUACGCGGUCGAAUGCAAGGGCAUCAACUCAACGGGUGGCCGAGGGCCGAAGCGUCGGUGGUGACCCAUUUGGCAGUGUCAGCCACGACUUUGUGGCAGAGGAUGAUGACGACCAAAUGGUCACCCCGACAUCUCAUACACGAAAUGGUAGGCAGAGGCGGUCCGUUCGCCCAAGGAGAGGCACCGAGUCUAGUUUUGACACGGCCAUGUAUUCAUGGAUGUCUUAUGUACACGAUAGUGACUCACAUGAGGAGGAGCUGGAUGAUUUGCCCGACGACAUUGAUAGUGAUUUGGAGUUGGUCGUGGGUGCCAAAGGACAGCAAGGUUCGUACAUAUGUAGGAAAGGUUAUUUAGCCCAAAAUGUGAUGUUGGCGUGUGAUUUUGACUUGAAGUACACUUUCGUCCUAGCGGGCUGGGAAGGCAGCGCAAACGACGCAGAUAUUUUUAAUCAAACUAUUUCAGACCCCAAAUAUAAUUUUCUCUUUCCAGCACCCAGUACAUUCUAUGUGGUGGACUCCGGAUACGCAAACAUCCCAGGUUUCAUGACGCCAUAUCUUGGUGAAAGAUAUCAUCUUCCAAAGUUGUUGGGGUCUAACCAGUUGCCCGACAAUGCUUGUGAGUUGUUUAACAGACGACAUGCCACUGUCCGUAAUGUUAUCGAACGCAGCUUUGGUUUGCUAAAAGGGAAGUUUUCUAUCAUAAAGGGGUUGAUGCCAAACUACACAGUUCACUCCCAAACCGACAAAGUAAUAGUUUGUUGCGUUCUACACAAUUUUAUUCAGAUGCAUGAACCGCUGGAAAACAUGCCGCCUGAAUUCAGGAACGCAGAGUACGUACGGCGACAUGAUCCUCGGGAUCGUACUUUUCCUUUUAUGUCCAAUGAUAGGAACGCGAACCCCAACGUUGGUGAGCAUUGUGUGUUGCGUGACACGAUAGCCCAAGCCAUGUGGGCGAACCGAAGAUAG